CUGGAUCACCGUCAGCAGCACGGGUCACGUGACGGCAAGGAGUCCCGCCGGUGCCGGACAGGAGAAGAUCCGAUCAUAUGUUCACGACUGAAUCAGACCUUCACAUGUUAUUUAUCUCGACGACACAUCAGUGUGAUGAUCGCAGACAGCGUCAGUGAAUGCGGCGGUAUUAACGGAGAACACACGCGUCAGUCGCGUCGCGUCUCACUGCAGAAUCCUUGGCCAUAGGGCAGCCAGCUUUGAUGGACCGCAUGAAGAUCAUUAAAAAGCGUCUGUCUAUGAGCUUGCAAAGCGUUCGGCAUGUGGACAACAGUCUGUCAGAGCUUCCUGAACUUUCUGGACUGGAUGAGGACAAUGGUGCAGUCCACAGAAAGAUGGGAUCAGAUGGUGAAAGUGAUCAGGCUUCAGGAACCUCAUCUGAUGAAAUUCAAAGUCCUGUAAGAGUCCGGAUGCGAAACCUUUCUCAACGCAUCUCUAAUGAGGACAUCAAUAAACGCCUGUCACUACCAGCAGAUAUCCGUUUGCCAGAGGGUUACCUGUUGAAGUUUGCUACAAACAGUCCUCCGUUUGACAAACCUCUUAGUCGAAGACUUCGCCGAACUUCACUUUCUGAAAUUGGCUUCGGCAAAUUGGAAACAUACAUCAAACUGGACAAACUGGGAGAGGGUACAUAUGCAACAGUGUUUAAGGGUCGUAGUAAACUAACGGAUAAUCUAGUUGCUCUGAAAGAAAUCAGGCUGGAGUAUGAAGAGGGAGCACCCUGCACCGCCAUACGAGAAGUGUCUCUCCUGAAGGAAUUGAAACACGCCAACAUCGUCACCCUGCACGACAUCAUUCACACAGACAAGUGCCUUACAUUAGUCUUUGAGUACCUGGAGCGAGAUCUGAAGCAAUACCUGGAUGACUGCGGCAGUAUCAUGAAUGUGUUUAAUGUAAAGAUUUUCCUGUUUCAGUUGUUGCGAGGUCUCGCUUAUUGUCAUGGGAGAAAAGUUUUGCACAGAGAUCUGAAACCUCAAAACCUUCUCAUCAAUGACAGAGGAGAGCUGAAACUUGCUGACUUCGGUCUUGCACGUGCAAAGUCAGUGCCCACAAAGACCUUCUCCAAUGAAGUGGUGACCCUCUGGUACAGACCUCCAGAUGUGCUGCUGGGCUCCACAGAAUACACCACCUCCAUUGACAUCUGGGGUGUAGGUUGUAUAUUCUAUGAAAUGAUCACAGGACGGCCUCUCUUCCCUGGGUCAACAAUCGAGGAUGAACUUCAUCUUAUAUUUCGUAUCUUGGGUUCUCCUACUGAGAAAUCUUGGCCAGAAGUCAAUGACAGCUUCUAUUCAUACAACUUUCCUCAUUAUGAGGGUGAAUCUCUCAUCACUCAUGCACCCAGGAUCGGCAGUGACGGCCAUGACCUCCUGUGCCAGUUGUUACAGUUUUCAGCGAGGCAGCGAGUUUCUGCAGACGUGGCUCUUCGGCACAUUUAUUUUAGAGAUCUUGGAGACAAAGUUCAUGAAUUGGCUGACACUGCUUCAAUCUUCUCUAUCAAAGAGAUUCGUCUACAGAGGGAUCCAGGAAAACGCAUCAUCCCUCACAGAGAGUCAGCUCUUUCUUAUCGGAUGGGUUCGGCCCCACCGGAACAUUUUCCUAAUGAAGGAAUGAAUCGUUUUCCCCUCUCCUCAUAAACUUGCUCAUGUGAUCACCUGCAAGGUGCCAGUAGUUGAUGGUCAAGAUGUCAAAAAGGGAAGAAACCACAGCGCUUAUCAUAUUUUAACAGAAGUUGGAUGAAGCCUGUCGGACCUGAGCAAAGCAGAAAUGUUUUCACUUCAGCACUGUUUCACCUCUAGAUCGUGUUCGUUGAUCUUAACAUACAGUAAAUAAGAAAAAAAAAAGAGAGAGCAGCAGUCGUUCUCUCCCUGUGUGGGUUUUCGCAAAAUAAGCCGUUUAACAUCAUUAACAUUUUCUGGGUUUUAUUAAUUAUGUUAGAUGCGUCUUUAUUCAGUCUCUCUGCUCAGGAGAAAUGUCAUCAUCAGAGUGUUUUGGGUAUACUUUACUCUAUGUGAUGAUGAUGAUGUCACACCGAAUGCAAGCCCAUCGCUGCUAUAAGGAAAAAUACAGCAAUGUGACCUUUACGCAACAUGCAUAUUCCUCUUCUGUAGAUAUUAUUUGAAAUGUGAUAUUCAUUUACUGUAUGCAUGUACAUGUUUUGUUUUUAUUCACUAUUAGAGAUUGACUGUCAUGCACAGGGAUUUGUAACCAUUACUGUAUGAUGGAGUCGAGGCUGAAGUGUUUUAGUGUAUAAUGCUUAGCUCUGGUAACCUGAAGGUUUGAUGGUUUGACGCUUACUGGUCAUGAGAAUUUGAUCUUGUGUGCUACAUGACUACCUACACAGAGUAUCCACAUACAGAUACGUAACACAUAUACAGUAUGCAUACUUAGCAUGUGACUCAGGACAAACACUGUUACACUGAUAAAGAGCUUUAGUCGUAGAGACCCUAAAGAGGUCUGAAAACAGGCGUGGAUAUUUUACUUAUUUACAACUAAAAUUUACAAAUCUAAGAAAUGUGCAUGUUUUGCAUAAAAAUUGAACCAUUUCAAGUAAGCAAGUAAAAUAUCCCGAUGUUUGAACUGUAAAAAAAUUGCUUAAUUGUUAUGAACUUAUUCAAAAAUGUCUGGUACAAAAGUACACUUUAUGCAAAGAGUUAUUUGUAAGAUUCACUGAAGAAAGGAUCAAAAGAGACUUAGUUUGACAUUAUUGUUUUGUAUUUUCUUCAUUGUGUUAUACACAUGUGUCAUGUCUGAAGAUUGAUGACUGAUGUGGACAAUGACAGUGCAUAUAAAGCUGUAAUAUUCAUUAAUGCUGAAUGUUAUCUGCUUACAUAGCCACUCAUUCACAGAAGAUCUAGUGUUGUUCAUCUUGAUUUGUGAUUUAGGACUUUUGUUUUGAGGUUAAAUAAUCCUAAAGGCAAUAAUAGAUUAGCUUUAAAGUCUAAUCCCAUUUUUUUCUGCUUCUUGCAGGACAAUAAAAGUCCACACAGAGCACAUAUCCAAAAACUCUAAAUACUUUUUGUCUUAAUUACAGUAUGAACAAAACAUUAGUUUUUUUAUGAGUUAUUGCUAUAUUUGUUUGAA